AUUCCUGUCGAGAGGACGAGGUCAACAUGCUUAUUGUAGCAACGAUCUAUGUUGUUUUUCUAGUUGUUAGCAGUCAUUUGGCGUUCAGUCGAGAAUGUCCAUGUGCAGAUCCAUCUCUCUGCAAAACCAUAUCAAAAACUGCAGGAAAAGAGCUUUUUGUGUGGACAUUAGAUAAUCACAAAGAUGUGUGGAAGCAGUACGAUUGGGAUAAGAUCACCACCAUUGCUAUUUUUCAUCACUGGGACGACSAACUCUUCUGCUAUGCGCAUUCAAAAGGUGUAAGGGUUGUUAUGACUGCCAGCUAUCCAACAAAUAAUCUAGACAACGAUCAAGAGCGAUAUGCAUGGGUUGAAAACAUGACACAAUAUGCCAAGGACAACUUUGCUGAUGGCAUCAAUAUUGACAUUGAAGGUGGAAUUGCUCAGGGAUCUAAARAGGUUGAUUUGUUGACAGAACUUGUGGAGCUAACAGCUUCGACCUUUGCAAAAUAUAUUCCAGGUUCACAGGUAACAUUUGGUGUAGCUUGGACACCCGACUGUAGAAUUACUAGCCGGUGCUACGACUACAAGGCUAUCGCUGAUGCUGUGGACUUCUUAAUUAUCAUGGCUUAUGAUCAAACAGGAUUUAAUUCAAGUGUGGCUGGUGUGAACUCUGGUUAUUACAAGAACAUUUUAGGUAUUCAACUUUAUAAAAAACUUAACAUCACUGCCGACAAACUGGUGUAUGGUGUCCCCUGGUAUGGUUAUGACUACACCUGCAUCAAGACUGAUCCCAACAACUWUUGCUUCAUUAACUGCAGCUAUUCUCCAUGCCGUCAGGUCAGUUWUUCAGUUGCCCAAGAUCUCCUGACCAGCAGAAGCGAUAAAGGUCGUCAGGAUGAUACAAUAUAUUUUUCUAACACACCAUUCUUUUCAUAUAAUGAUGAGAAUGGAAACAAACAUCAAGUUUGGUAUGAUGACCCUCCAAGUCUUAGUGAUAAAUAUGAGUAUGCUUUGAAGUACGGCAAAAUGAAGGGUAUUGCUGUCUGGAAUGUUGAUUUGCUGGAUUAUGGUGGCCUGACAAGAGGCGGUCAUCAGACAAAAAUGAUGUGGGAAGCACUGCCUGAUAUGAAGCACAUUAAUGGCCUGUAAUUAGGUCUUAUACAAUCMGAAAAUUUAUGCUGAAAUCCAUGAUGAAGACAGCUACAAUUAAUUUAUUGAAUUAGUUGAAUGAGAAUACGAAAAGAAUUUAAUAUAUUUGUAUAAAAGAUAGUAAAUAAAUUAAAGGAUUGAUAUUUA